AUGGACACUUCCUUCAAUGAAUUGAUGGAUUCUAAAUUUCAAAACUUGUAUGAUGAUGAGAUUCAAAAAAAUUUCAAUCAAAAUCCUUAUCUCGAAGAUUUUGUACAUGCUAUGGUAAACAUCAUAAUCAAGUAUAUGAAAAAUUGCCAUGAUCGGAGUCAGAAAGUGAUAGAAUUCAAGGAGCCUCAUGAAUUAAAUGAACUAAUUAACUUUGAUUUGGAAGAAAAACCCGAAAAUUUAGCAGCUUUAAUGGGAUACUGUCGUCAAACACUACAAUACUGUGCAAAAACGGGCCAUUCACGAUUUUACAACCAACUCUAUAGUGGUAUGGAUGUUGUUAGUAUUUGUGGCGAGUGGGCAACUUAUGAAAUUGCUCCCGUUUUUCUAUUAAUGGAAGAUGCUGUCUUGAAGCGUAUGCGAAAACUAAUCGGUUUCCAUGACGGAGAUGGUGUUUUUGCUCCAGGUGGAUCAUUGUCCAAUAUGUUUGCCAUUAGCCUUGCAAGAUAUCGUAAAUUUCCAGAAUCGAAGUCAAAAGGACUUUAUUCAUUGCCUAGGAUGGCAGUCUUGACAUCUAAUCAUAGUCAUUAUUCGUUUCAAAAAGGAGUUAAUUUUAUGGGCUUGGGACAGGAUAAUGUCUUUCGAGUAAAUUGUGAUUCAGAAGGCCGGAUGUCUAUUUCUGAUUUAGAAAAUAAAAUUAAAGGCCUUUUAUCACAGGAUAUCAUACCGAUUAUGGUCAAUGCUACAUGUGGUACUACAGUUUAUGGUGCAUUUGAUUCUUUGGAGGAAAUUGCUGAUCUAUGCCAAAAAUAUGAUAUAUGGUUUCAUAUUGAUGCUUCUUGGGGUGGCGUUGUUCUAUUUUCAGAUAGAAAGCGAUAUCUGAUGAAGGGUGUUCAUCAAGCAGAUUCUAUAACUUGGAAUGCACAUAAGUUUAUGGGAUGUCCAUUUCAGUGCUCUGCAUUUUUAACUAGGGAAAAGGGAAAAUUGCAAGAAUGUAAUGGAGAUCCAGUAUCGUACCUUUUUCAACAAGAUAAAUUGACUUACGAUGUAUCCUACGAUACGGGAAAUAAAACCAUUCAAUGUGGUCGUCGAAUUGACGCUAUGAAAAUAUGGCUAAUGUGGAAAGGAAAGGGAGAUGAAGGUUUUGCUAAGAAACUUCAUCACGCUUAUGAGCUAACUAACUAUCUAAUAGAGAAAAUUCAAAAUCGUGAAGGCUUUGAAUUAGUUCAUCAACCGACAUAUGUAAAUGUUUGCUUUUGGUAUAUUCCUAAAGCCAUACGGAAUUUACCAGACAACGAAAUUAAGAAAACAAAGUUAAGCAAAUUAGCACCUCAAAUUAAAGCUGGUAUGACUAAAAAGGGAUCGAUGAUGGUGAAUUACCAACCAGUGGAUGAUAAAGUAAACUUUUUUCGUAUGAUUUUGAUUAAUUAUGAUACAACAUUUGAAGAUAUGGAUUUUACUCUUGAUGAAAUUGAGAUGCUAGGAGAAGACGAGGUGACUUGUGUAGCUAAACCGGCUUUAGGUCCGAAACCUAUAUAA